UCUGAGUUUUCAGAUUCGCCUCCCCUUCUGCAGCCUCCCUCCCCAGCCCCAUCGGAGGAAAUAUUACAAUGUUGCAAGCUGACGUAAGGACAUUACAAGGAAAGGGCUACAUUUCGGAGUGUUUAUGAAAAGCCGCGGUACUGUACUGUCACCAGGGGGCACGCAGUAUAAUGCAUUUCGCCAAACAUUUUGGAUAAUAAUCAUUUACCAACAACACACAAAAAAAGCCCCAGUUCGCCUGGAGCUCGCAGAGCCAGAGAGGAGCCAUGCAGCCAAAGUUUGGGAAGCUCUUUAUUAUUUUUCUGACAUAACGAGCUCGCCCUUGAGGAGCUGUAAUUGCAUUAUCUGAUUUUUUUUUUCACCCUUCCCCCCCUCCCCGCUCCGUCUCUCGACAUUGCAAUUUUUUUGCUUGCGUUUUGGAAGGAGAAGCCGCCAGCUACCUAGCGGCAGGAGCCGCCGCCAGCCCUGCUCGCUUGCCUGAGAGUCCAGUGUUGUUUUGAAGGGAGCUCAGCUAACAUGGCGUCGGUGCCCGUCUAUUGCAUCUGCAGGCUGCCCUACGACGUAACCCGCUUCAUGAUCGAGUGCGAUGCCUGCAAGGACUGGUUCCACGGCAGUUGUGUUGGCGUAGAAGAAGAGGAGGCGCCAGAUAUUGACAUCUAUCAUUGUCCGAAUUGUGAGAAAACCCAUGGAAAGUCUACUUUGAAAAAGAAAAGAAAUUGGCAUAAACACGAUACUGGGCAGUCAACAGAGGUCAAACCUGUACAGAAUGGGAGUCAAGUCUUUAUAAAGGAACUUCGAAGUCGAACUUUUCCAAGUGCUGAAGAUGUGGUAGUCAAAGUGACAGGAAGCCAGCUAACAACAGAGUACUUGGAAGAAAAUGGAUUCACAGAACCUAUCCUGGUUCCGAAGAAGGAUGGCUUGGGCUUAGCAGUACCCGCACCUACAUUCUACGUCAGUGAUGUUGAAAACUACGUCGGACCAGAAAGAAGUGUUGAUGUCACUGAUGUCACCAAACAGAAAGACUGUAAGAUGAAACUGAAGGAGUUCGUUGAUUACUACUACAGUACCAACAGGAAAAGAGUUCUCAAUGUAACUAACUUGGAAUUUUCAGAUACAAGGUAAGAGGAAAUAAUUGACCAAACACCAGACAUCAAAUUAAAAGCUGUCUUGGGGGAGAAUUAUUGGCCUGAUGAUGCUCUGCUGGCAAAACCAAAAGUGACCAAGUUCCUGAUAUGCGUGAAGGACACUACACAGAUUUCCACAUGACUCUGGAGGGCAUCGCUUGGUACCCACGUGCUGAAAGGAGAAAAGAUAUUUUAUCUCAUCAAACCGGCCUCUGCAAACAUUUCCCUGUAUGAACGCUGGCAGUCAGCAGCAAAUCACAGUGAGAUGUUUUUUGCAGACCAAGUGGAUAAAUGUUAUAAAUGCACAGUUAAGCAAGGACAAACGCUCUUUAUCCCAUCAGGUUGGAUUUAUGCAACUCUCACACCUGUAGACUGCCUAGCAUUUGCGGGACAUUUUCUACAUAGCCUAAGUGUUGAAAUGCAGAUGAGAGCGUACGAAGUGGAAAGGCGGUUGAAAAUUGUCAGCCUAACCCAGUUUCCAAACUUUGAAACGGCAUGUUGGUAUAUGGGAAAGCAUCUGCUGGAGACAUUCAAAGGUUUGCACAAAGCUGGGCAGCAGCCUCCUUCUCAUUUAGUCCAAGGGGCAAAAAUUCUUAAUGGUGCUUUCAGGUCGUGGACUAAAAAACAGGCUCUAGCCGACCAUGAGGACGAACUCCCGGAACAUUUUAAACCAGCACAACUUAUCAAAGACCUUGCCAAAGAAAUAAGAUUAAGUGAGAAUGCUUUCAAAGUCAACAAAACAGAAGUGAGUGCCAGCAUGAAAGUAGAGGAAAUCUGUCCUGUGGAGAAGCAGGAAGUGCCAUCGCCUGUACCAGUGACUCCCCCUCCACCACCUGUAGAAAAAGUUCCGAAAAAAAAGACUCCAAAAGCUGUGAAAACCCCCAAGCCCCCUAAACCACCCAAGCCCCCCAAACCUCCCAAACCACCCAAAACUCCAAAAGUCAAGGGAGAAGGGAAGAAGAAAGGAAAGAAGGUGAAGGAAAGCCCGCCACCCGCCAUUCCAAAUCUGGACCUGCUGGAGGCGCACACGAAAGAGGCUUUAACAAAAAUUGAAACGCCAAAGAAGGGGAAGGCUGCAAAGAAUGUUUUAAGUGUUCCCAAUAAGGAAGUUGUUAAUAAGCAAAAUGAGGUGGAGAAAUUUGAAAUUCGAGAGCACAAUAAGAGCAAAACGGAAGCCAAAUGGAAAUAUAAGAACAGUAAACCAGAUUCAUUACUAAAAAUGGAAGAGGAACACAAAUUGGAAAAGACACCGUUAUCAGGAAAUAAGGACAAUAAAUUUACAUUUUCUUUCUCUAACAAGAAACUGCUCGGUUCCAAGGGAGUCAAAACCCAGUUGAAUCCUGGUGUGUUUGGGUCGCUGCAAAAUUUUAAAGAAGAUAAAACAAAACCUGUGCGAGAUGAAUAUGAGUAUGUAUCAGAUGAUGGCGAACUGAAAAUUGAUGAAUUUCCAAUUAGAAGAAAGAAAAACACUACGAAGAGAGAUUUACCUUUUUUAUCAGAUAAAAAAGAAACGCUACAACACACACCAGUUAAGAAGCCAAAGGUGGAAUCAGUAUUGUAUAAGAGUGAUGAGUCAUCAGAUGAAGAUUCGCUUCACAUUGACACAGAGGCAAAGCCAGGUCGCAACUCCAAAGUGAAGAAAGAGAGUGGAAGUUCGGCAGGAAUUCUAGACCUUUUGCAGGCGAGCAAGGAAGUUGGGGGUUUAGAGUAUAACACCAACAGUCAGCCACCUGCAUCUCCCAGCACACAGGAAGCAAUCCAAGGAAUGUUAUCAAUGGCAAAUCUCCAGUCUUCUGACUCUUGCCUGCAGACUUCAUGGAGUACCAACCAAGCUAAAAAUAACUCUAUCUCAGCCCAAAACUCAAAAAAAACCGGGAGCAGUAACAACAAAAAUGCAGGCAAGCACUUACUAAAGAAGAGCACAAAAAACAGUAUUGACAUUGAAGACUACGAUGACCAGGACCACUUAGAUGCCUGUUUUAAAGAUUCUGAUUAUGUUUACCCAUCUUUGGAAUCCGAUGAAGAUAAUCCAGUGUUCAAAUCACGAUCAAAGAAAAGAAAAAGUUCUGAUGAUGCCCCCUACAGCCCGACAGCAAGAGUUGGUCCCUCAGUACCCCGACAAGACAGACCUGUCCGAGAGGGUACAAGAGUUGCCUCCAUUGAAACUGGACUGGCGGCAGCAGCGGCCAAAUUAUCCCAGCAGGAGGAACAAAAAGGCAAGAAGAAGAAGAAUACCAAAAAGAAGUUGUCCCCCAACAACACAAAUAAACUCUCUCAGGAAGGCAGCUCUCCUGAACCCAAAUUGGAGUCCCAUGCCAGCAGCCUAGCAGAUCACGAAUACACUGCUGGAGCAAGCACGUUUGGGGUCGCCCAAGUAAACAGAGGCUCUCAACCUAUGGCACCUGGAGUUUUCCUCACCCAGAGGAGACCCUCAUCAUCAUCACAGAAUAAUGCAGCGGCCAAAGGAAAACGUACAAAAAAGGGCAUGGCUACCGCAAAGCAGAGGCUUGGGAAGAUUUUGAAAAUCCAUCGGAAUGGGAAACUUCUCCUUUAAUAUUUCAAAAACUGGGACUUGAUCAAAGCUCAGUAAUUCCUGAGCUGACACUAACUCUUCAACUCUUGAAGAACUUCAGUAGUAUUGUGCAUCAUCUUAGGGACAAUACCAGUUAACUUUUUGCCACCACUUUAAUAAUUGUUUUUAACUUUCAGCAGUUAAAGUGUACAGAAUACUGCUAUAAAUAUUUUUUAAUAUAGAUGUCCUUUCUCAAAUUGCUGAGAGUGACUAGUUCGCAAAAAGUUAAUGAUAAUCCAAGAAAUUGAGGAUCAUUCCAGUUUUAGGAAAGUAUCCCUUUAACUUGUUCAUAAGUGGAAACCAGUUGUUUUAACAGAAUGAACAUUCAUUUCAGUUACAUUUCACUUAAAGAAAAAAAAACAAGUACUAUCUUUAAAGAGGUAUCUGGUCAAGGAGCAGGAGAUUAAAUUUAAAAAUUCUUCAUUUGUCUGACAAAUAAUAUUAAAAGGUGGGAGACCUUAACUUUGAUGGCUGGAGACAUUUCCCCAUGCUAUAGCGAAUGCAGAAGAUAGUCUGCAUAAUGUGAAACUCCAUUCUCACCCUGAUCAUGAUCUAGAUGUGUUGGAGGAACCAUUACUGCACUUGGGCACUACUCCAUCCCUCUCAGAUAGCUGCAGGUUGGACAAUAUUAGGUGCACGAUGCAGCAUUUGUUAUGCACAGUGGGAGCUGGUUUACUGCUGCGUUCAUAACUGGUUGGGAGUUUUAGCUCUAUGCCUGAGGGCCAGUUUCUUUUGCUAACUGACACACAUGAUGGUACAGUAGCUCGUGUCAGUGUCAAAAUCAAAGCACACAAAGAUAUGUUGCAGAUCUUGCAGUCACUUUAACUGCAGUACAUGAGGUCAAGCUCUGCUUCUUCACGUGCAGUUUUUGACAUUUAUAUCAAGGCACUUCUUAUGAGAUACACUUACUUUGGGAACGAGAACUGCAUGCAUCCAGGUGUCAGAUAGUGGGAAAGUUUAGCUUAUUGACAAUUUGACUGGAUACUUUUUUGUCUUUUAACUCUUUUAGUGUUUGGUGUAGAGUGCAUUAUUUUACAUUAAACUGCUUGUCUGCAUAUAAACACUUGAGGGGUUAAAUUUGUUUCUCAGGCAAUCCCGUAUUUUAAUUUUUAGAUGUGUUUACUAAGGCAUAUUUUUCAUAGAAUGUAGCUUGUAAAUAGCUUUUUAAAUAACUUCUUUUUUAUAAAAGUAAAGUAUCUUUAGACAUUUCUUUCUAUAGACUACUUCAUUAACAUAUAUACAAGUCAUUGCUGAGUAUUAUCAGUUGUAUUUUAGUUUGGUUUUAAAAGGGUUGGGUGGAGGUUUUUUUGUUUUUGUUUCACUUUCUUGGGGGGUUGGGGGGGGUGGAUUUGGGCGUUGCCUGGAAAACAAGUAAAACUUUGUGCAGCCUUAUAAAAUGUCUUAUACAGAAUCAAAUAGUAGAAAAUAAUCUAUUUAAGACACAUUUUGAAGAAUAAUCUUCAACUUUAAUACCAGCUCUUUGUUUUAAUUCUUGUAUUAUGAGGGGAUACAGUUAUUUUACUAGCACCUUGUGAAGUGUUUCUGUGUUUUGUGAUGAUGUAAUUUAUUAAUGUUUGUAGCUUUUUAUAUUUGUACAUUUCUUAUGAGCUUUGUUUAUAUACACAUUACCUGGAUGUGAUGUCCAUGGGGGAAAAAAAAACAGCUACAGGAAACACCUGAGGCCUUAUAAACUAACCUUUAUACUAUUACAGUGGGACAUAGAUUCUGAGUGGUAGGAGUCUGAUAAAGUUAGUUGAAUAGGGCCCCAGAUUUAUGCAGAGCAGGGUUUUUAAGCUUCCCUAGUAUACUGUUCUUGUUAAGCAUUUAUAUACUAUAACCCAGACAUCAUGCUGUUUUUUUUAUUAUUAUUUUCGCAACAUGUACAUUUCUAACAAAGUUUAUUGUGGCUAUCUAUUACAGUGUUUUAUUUACUGAUUCAUAUCAAAUGCUCUUGUAUCAAGUCCAUGAAAUCUAAGUAAACUUAGAUCAAAGUUUAAAAAAAAGUAAAAUAUUUCAGGUUUUGUAUAGAA